AUGAUUGAGGAAGGCAGUAAACGAGGCAAGGCCAUGGUGGAGAAGAGACAGCUCUUCAUGGAGAUGAGAGCUCAGAACUUUGACGUCAUCAGACUGUCAACCUAUAGGACCGCCUGCAAGCUCCGCUUUGUGCAAAAGAGAUGCAACCUUCAUCUGGUGGACGUCUGGAACAUGAUCGAAGCCUUCCGCGACAACGGGCUCAACACGUUGGACCACAACGCCGAGAUCAACGUGUCCCGGCUGGAGACCAUCCUGUCUUCCAUCUACUACCAGCUCAACAAGCGUCUGCCCACGACCCACCAGAUCAACGUGGAGCAGUCCAUCGGCCUGCUGCUCAACUUCAUGGUGGCGACCUACGACAGCGAAGGCCAUGGGAAGCUCACAGUCUUCUCAAUGCGAGCCAUGCUGGCGACAAUGUGUGGAGGUAAAAUAGUGGACAAACUACGCUAUAUUUUCUCUCAGAUCUCUGACUCAAGUGGCAUGAUGGUCUUCGCUAAGUUUGACCAGUUUCUUCGGGAGGUGCUGAAACUGCCCACGGCCGUGUUUGAGGGACCCUCAUUCGGCUACACCGAGCACUCUGUGCGGACGUGCUUCCCUCAGCAGAAGAAGAUCUUGCUGAACACAUUUCUGGAUAUUUUAAUGGCCGAUCCUCCACCUCAAUGCCUAGUGUGGCUGCCACUCAUGCACCGACUCGCCAAUGUUGAAAAUGUCUUCCAUCCCGUGGAAUGUUCAUAUUGCCGGAGCGAGAGCAUGAUGGGAUUUCGGUAUCGGUGCCAACAGUGCCACGGCUACCAGCUCUGCCAGAGCUGCUUCUGGCGUGGCCAUGCCAAUGGUCCCCAUAGCAACCAGCACCAGAUGAAGGAGCACUCGUCUUGGAAGUCUCCGGCCAAAAAGCUGAGCCACGCAAUCAGCAAGUCUCUAGGCUGCGUCCCCAUUGGAGAGCCGCCGCAUCCCAUGUUCCCCGAGCAAGCGGAGAGACCACAAGAGCUAACCCAUACAGUUCAGCCGAAACCGGGGGCCGCCAACAACAACAUGAACGACACAAUGCUCAUGUCCUCUGGGGCACCAACUCCAACCAAAAGUGUCUUGGAGAGUCCCAGUCGACUAGAUGAGGAGCACCGCCUCAUCGCCCGCUACGCAGCCCGCCUGGCAGCAGAGGCAGGCAACUCCACACAACAAUGUCCUCCAACAGAUUUAAGUUUCAACUUCGAUGCCAACAAGCAACAGAGACAGCUGAUUGCGGAGCUGGAAAACAAGAACAGUGGUCUUCGAGAGAUCCUUCAGGAGAUCCAGAGGCUGCGUUUGGAGCACGAGCAGGCCUCUCAGCCCACCCCGGAAAAAGCCCAGCAGAACCCCACCCUACUAGCUGAGCUACGGCUCCUUAGACACAGGAAAGAUGAGCUGGAGAGGCGCAUGUCUGCCCUGCAGGAGAGCAGACGGGAGCUGAUGGUGCAACUGGAGGGUCUCAUGAGGCUGCUCAAGGAUGAGGAGCAAAAACAGGCAUCUGGAGGCUCCCCUCAUUCUUCCCCGAGUCAUGGUGCAGGCUGCUCCAUGCCCAUGCCCAUACGCUCCACCUCUGCUGGGUCUACCCCCACCCACACACCACAGGACUGCCUGGCAGGGGUGGGUGGGGACGUGCUGGAGGCCUUCGCUCAGGGUGUUCCCAGAAACCUUCGGAACGACCUGUUAGUUGCUGCUGACUCCAUUACGAACACCAUGUCAUCGCUGGUGAAGGAGCUCCACUCGGUAGACGACGGUGGUGAGGAAGAGGAAACCAACAUGAGGAACGGUGGAGACAGAGGUGAGCACAGAGCGAGCACAGAAGUACUGAGGGGAGAAGAGCACCAUUCCAUCCUACGAGGACAUUCAGUCAUUCAAUGGGAAGAGUCAGUAACAACAACAACCCCCCCCCCCACGCCCCUGGCAUUAGCACGUAGAGUAAUGCAUGCUGUAAUCUAA